CCUACAAGCUCGCCGCUAGCUGCGCUUUCGAAAUCAGGGGUGCCGGCCUGCAAGAGCCUUGGCCCUGGCUCUGGGAAGGAACAUUACGGUAGUGUUCAAGCGUUAGUAUAAAGUAGCAUUACAGCCAGAGGUUUGUCUUUGGAGACAUGGCCACACGAGAGGCCUCGUGCGCACGUAGCUUGGACCACCCCUCACCGCGGUUGCUUUCCCAAAACAAUACCGCCCAAAACCAGUCGCCAGCAGAGCCCUCAGGGGAGCUCGAAAAUCCACAAAUUGGUGAAGAUUUUGCGCAGACAGCAACCAAUGGUGACCACAACAUAAUCUUGAGGAUAAUGUUUCAUGAGCUGAGGCGGCCCGGCGUUCGACCAGUGCAGUUUGACCUGUCGGGGCUGGCGUCAAGCAGUACAGUGGAAGAAGUUGCUGUUCAAAUCAAUGAGCAUCUUUCUAGCUCUGCUCCCGCCGGUUCCCCCGCCUCCGCCCCUUUUGACGCACCGGGCACCCCCCUUUCCCGUCUCUUCUACUGCGGCGUCGAGCUGCGGUCCCUUCAACGAACUUUAGAAGAGUUUGGGAUUAACACUGGGGCUGUUCUGAUGGCGGCACCUGGGGCUGCCCUCAAAAGUCUCAGGGUGUCGCAGCUGGAGCCGUCAAGCGGGUCUGAGACUGGGGGGAACAGCGUACACAUUAGCGGGCAGUGCUUCCGGACGUCCGUGGAUCGUCCGCUUCUGGCACGGUUUGGUAGCACGGUAGUACCUACGAUGCCCGUCAGCGGAGAAGUGGUUCGCUGCACCAGCCCGCCCCACCCACCUGGGCCAGUUUCGGUGGAGGUCUCUUCGGAUGGGGGCCACACUUGGACGUCCGACAACGUCACGUACACGUAUAUUGGGCUUCGGACAGUGCUUGAUCACCCCAUACGGGUCCCUAGCGUACACUGCUCAGCUAUGUCCACAGUCCAGGAACUAGAAAGGGCUGCUUUUCGACAUAGUCGAGGACUUUAAAGGUUGGAAACUCGCUUGUUCGCAUAGUGGCGUUCCGCAGGAAAUGCGAGGCCUUAAAGCUUCGGCCCGUUUGCACCUUCGUGUGAACCUUCAGGCACAUGAGCAAAGUUUUUGUGCAGCAAAAGAAGAUCACGUAGCUCACCUGCCACUCAUCUGCUUAGUCUAUGUAAUAGAAUGGAACCUCAUGUACACAUGAUACAGGUGUACAUAAACCGAUGAAUCAAUUCGUGUACAAAUGAUGUACAUGAAGUACAAAGCACCUUUGAGUAUAGCUAUCUACUGCAGGUUUGGUCAAACCUGAACCCCUGAACCAAGUCUGAAUUGAGCCGCGAAAGUUCAGUGAUGUUCAAAGC